GGCGAAGAGUGUGGUCGAGAACAGACACGGGCAACGGAUAGAAUGGCACAGCAGCAGAGCGAUAUGCAACUCGCAGAGAUCCUAAGCGAUCUCGUAUCUCUACGUCCAGGCGUCUGCGAUCCCGCGGCAGCACUCGCCCUCGUCUCCGCGCGCCCCUCGGCUUCCUCCACAGCUGCAACCACCACCACCACCACCAUGAGCUCGACCAACCCCUCGACCGCUCCGGACGAUGACCAGGACGUGGACUUGCAGCGCGCAAAGGAGUUGGUGAAGUUGCACUACGAAGUCCGCGAGCGGUGCAAGAGAGGCGAGUUAGGUCGCGGGUUGGCCGAGGCGAGGAGGGAUGUGGAGCGGGCGAUGGGCGGGUGAAGCGGGAUGAGAUGGGUGUGGUACACGAUAUGCAUGAGAAGG